AUCUUUUUCGUAUUUUUACUCUCGAUUUUAUCAAUAAUUCUUUAAUUUUUAGCAGCAAAAUUUUCUACAGUACAAACAUAUUUCUAAUAUUGUAAUGCAAAUAUCAGUUUCGUCAAGAUGGUGGUGAAAAAUGAAGAUUUACAAGAACAUACUAAACGGUUACGGUUCAAGCCUUUAACCAAUAUUCAGCAUUCUUCUGCCAAUAUCGAUGAUUCUAAAUGUUCCAAGGACUUGAAAACAAAGGAUGGCGAUAAAUCAGCAUCUUUAUUUGCAUUUCUGCAUAUUGAGUUGACGCGAGGUUAUUUGCUUGAACAUGACGAAGAAAGAUUCUCAGCUAGGAGGGAGAAGGUGUACUCUUUUAUAAAAAUACCACAGGAACUUGAGAAGUUUAUGGUAUAUGGAUUCUUCCAAUGCGCAGAUUCACUGCUGUUUGUGUACACAUUUCUCCCGCUGAGAUUUAUUAUGGCAUUUUGGUCUUUCUUUACUAGGCUAUUUAGGAAAUGUUUUGGUUUGUAUGCUACACGCAAAAAUAUAUUAAAACCAGCAGAAACUUGUGAUAUGCUCAAGGGGUUCAUUCUUCUGAUAUGUAGCAUACUUAUGUGCUACAUAGACACAAAUAUGAUGUACCAUUUGGUCAAAAGUCAGUCUGUGAUGAAGCUGUACAUAUUCUAUAAUAUGCUUGAAGUUGGAGACAGAUUGUUUUCAGCAUUUGGCCAGGAUACUAUAGAUGCACUGUUCUGGACAGCUACGGAGCCUAGGGAUAGGAGAAGAGAGCAUUUGGGUGUCAUUCCACAUUUGCUGUUUGCAAUGACCUAUGUGUUUCUCCACAGUUUGCUAGUUUUGUUCCAAGCCACUACAUUAAAUGUGGCCUUCAAUUCGAAUAACAAGAGUCUGCUGAUCAUAAUGAUGUCAAACAAUUUCGUGGAACUCAAAGGCAGUGUGUUCAAGAAAUUUGACAAGAACAAUCUGUUCCAAGUAUCUUGCAGUGACGUAAGGGAGAGACUCCACCUUUCUGUUCUGUUGUUCAUAGUUGUUCUACAGACUAUGAAAGAGUUCACUUGGAGAGAGGAGCGUUUCUGGAUUCUAGCACCAGAUUGCGUGCUUGUACUUACUUUUGAGGUCAUCAUUGAUUGGGUUAAGCAUGCUUUUAUUACUAGAUUUAAUGAAAUUCCGUAUGGAGUAUACAGAGAGUAUACAGUUAGUUUAGCAUAUGACGUCGCACAAACUAGACAGAAAUAUGCCUUCAGUGACCAUUCGGAUCUUGUGGCUAGAAGGAUGGGAUUCAUACCACUACCUUUGGGAGUUGUUAUCACAAGGGUAUUAGUCCAUGCUGUUAAAAUUGAUGGUUUUGCUGCUGUGUUUUUAAUAUUCAUAGCUUAUAUAUGUCUAAUUUCAAUAAGAGUUUUGGUGUCGAUCGUUAUACUCGGCAAAGCUUGUGACUUGAUAUCUCAACACCAGACAGAGAAGAAUGAAAGUCAUCAUACUACACCCAAAAAAGAAUCGAAAGAAUUAAGCACAAAGGAAAUUCUGUAUCCUCACAAAACUCUAGAAGCGAACUCUACACCAGUAAAAAAAUCCGUUCAGUUGAAGUUCAAUAUACCUGAAGAUGUUGUGUUGGUCGAACCAUUAGUGGACGCGUCAGUGGGUGCAGCCGCUAUAUUCUCCAACAGCGCCAUCGAUCUUAAUGGUGUGUGUUACCUGAACGACAAGAUGAACGCACAAGUUAAGCAAGAGCCUACAGAUUACUUAUAUGCUGAACCAGAUUUGGUGGACGUGAGCCGCAGCGCGCCAGACAUCAAGGCGGCGGCGGCGGCGGGUGAUGCCGCGCAGCCCGCGGAACCCGACCGGCCUCACUCGCCCGACGCCGAUGGCCUCAAGCGCCGCUCCGAGUCGGAACCCAACCUCGUCAAACAAGACGAGGAGGCCCCAUAACGAUGGUGUUGCGCGAUACUCCUACUCUUUCAUUCGCUCUAGUCUCCUGUUGCGAGUGUUGCCCCUCGACUAUAUCGCACUCAAAGUACACGCAGUGGAAUUGUAAAUUGACGCGUACCCGGCGCCUAUAGAGUAUGAAGUAUAUUUUUGUAUGCAUAGUCUAUGUUAAGUAGACAUUGAUUGGUGACUAGACUACCUUGCUUAAAAUAUUAAGACUGAACACAUUUGGGUGCUUAGGUUCGCAAUUAGGGAUUCGAUAUGACAAAUUAUUAUAAGAAGUUUAGUUGUGGUAUCUUUAGUGUUUUGUGAUUUUCUUUAUAGUCAUGAUUAGUGAUUGUAUCAUUCCAGUGAUACUACAAUUGAACUACUGAUAUGAUACGGCCGGCUGAAAUUUUAUUCGUAUUUAUAAUUUGCCUUGUCCUCGAGGUUUUGCCAUUGUACAUAGUGCUAUUAGAAGGUCCUUUUUUAAGAGUUUUAUUAUUCCGUUUGUAAUUAUUAUUAUUAUUUUUAUAAAAGUGAGUGCUAUAUGAAGUUGCGUAGAGACGAGUGUCUAUAAAAUUAAAGAGCACGUGACUGGGAGGGACUGAGUGGCAAUUUGUUACGAUUUCAUAAUUCGCCGUGUGAAUAUUAUAUUUAUUUUAUUUCUAGUGCCCUAUACAGGUGAUUCUUAAAUAAGGGUUAUAUUACUUAUCAAUCAUUAUUUUUACUAACGUUUAUAGUUUAUACCUACUCGACCCUAAGGAAGAGCAGAUUCAUCCUACAGUAAAAGUUAUUCGAUUGACAGGUACAAUCCUCUCUAUGAAUCUCGCAGACAUUUACGGGUCACCUAUAUAUAACUUUGUUCAAUAAAUGUUUUGCAACUUUGUAACCAACAUUGAAUUUAUUUUUAUUUGGUAAUGAAAGCGUUUAUUUUAACAUGUACUUUCUAUUUUAUUUGAUGAAUUUCCUUUUAUUUUAACAUUUUCGGGUUAAAUACCGUUUGUUUUCUGCUUCUAAAACUAUUUUGU